AAGAUGCUUGUGAAGUGUCUUUCUCUGCUGCUGCUGCUGCAGCUGAGCUGCUACUUCAGCUCUGGGAGUUGUGGAAAGGUGCUGGUGUGGCCGAUGGAAUUCAGCCAUUGGCUCAAUCUAAAGAUCAUGCUCAAAGAACUUGUCCAGCGAGGUCAUGAAGUAACUGUUUUGAGAUCUUCAGCUUCUAUUGUAAUCAAUGCCAAGAAUGAAUCUGGAAUUAAAUUUGAAACUUUUCCUACAUCUUACACUAAAGACGAAUUGGAAACCCUUUUCGGGUAUUGGAUCAAUAGAUGGAUAUAUAAUGUGUCAUUAAAUAUAUAUUGGGAGAAUUUUCCAGCGAUGCAAGGAUUCAUUUUAAGCUUUUCUGAUGUUUAUGAAAGAUUCUGCAAAGAAGUAGUUUUGAACAAGACACUCAUGACUAAACUGCAGGAAUCAAGGUUUGAUGUUGUUCUUGCUGACGCCUUCGCUCCCUGUGGUGAACUGCUGGCUGAGCUACUUAAAACCCCCCUUGUGUACAGUCUCCGUGGUUUCCCUGGCUACAUACUGCAAAAGCACGGUGGAGGGCUUCUAUUUCCUCCUUCCUAUGUACCUGUUAUGAUGUCUGGUUUAGGUGGCAAAAUGACAUUCAUGGAGAGGGUAACUAAUAUGUUAUGUGUGCUUUAUUUUGACUUCUGGUUUCCAAAGCUUAAUGAGAAGCGGUGGAAUCAGUUUUAUACCGAAGCACUAGGAAGACCUGCUACAUUCUUCGAGAUCAUGGGGAAAGCUGACAUGUGGCUCAUUCGAAGCUAUUGGGAUUUUGAGUUUCCUCGUCCACUCUUACCAAACUUUGAAUUUAUCGGAGGAUUCCACUGCAAACCUGCCAAACCUCUUCCUCAAGACAUGGAAGACUUUGUGCAGAGCUCUGGAGAAGAGGGAGUUGUGGUGUUUUCCCUGGGCUCAAUGAUCAGUAACAUGUCAGAAGAGAGGGCCAAUGUGAUCGCAUCAGCGCUUGCCCAGCUUCCACAAAAGGUUCUUUGGAGAUUUGAAGGCAAGAAACCAGACACCUUAGGACCCAACACUCGCCUCUAUAAGUGGAUCCCCCAGAACGACGUACUUGGUCAUCCAAAAACCAAGGCGUUUGUAACUCAUGGUGGAGCCAACGGUGUCUUUGAAGCAAUCUAUCACGGAGUCCCUAUGGUGGGCCUUCCUUUAUUUGCAGAUCAACCUGAUAAUAUUAUCUACAUGAAAGCCAAAGGAGCAGCUGUCAAAUUGGACUGGAAAACAAUUUCAAGUGCAGAGUUGCUCAGUGCCUUGAAAACAGUCAUUAAUGAUCCUUCCUACAAAGAGAAUGUCAUGAAGUUAUCAAGAAUUCACCACGAUCAGCCCAUGAAGCCCCUGGACCGAGCUGUCUUCUGGAUUGAGUAUGUCAUGCGCCACAAAGGAGCCAAGCACCUGCGGGUUGCAGCCUAUGACCUCACCUGGUACCAGUACCACUCUCUGGAUGUGAUUGGGUUCCUGCUGGCCUGUGUGACAAUCAUUAUUUACCUUGUCAUAAAAAGUGUUUUGUUGCUUUGUCAAAAGCUUGUUAAGAUGGGAAAGAAGAAGAAGAGGGAUUAAGGAACAUAAAGAAGCUAAAGCUGCUGAUUCUGAGAGAGAAAAGACAGUGUAAGGGCAGUGUUCCUGUUAAAAGAUAUAUUUAAAACUGCCAGAUGCAAGUGAAUUAUAAAAAAUGAUGAUUAAAGCUUGAAGUACAUUUUUUACCUCUUCAAUGUUACAAAUUUAUUUUUUAGUAAUACUUGAUAGCAUAAAUGUAGUAAACACUUCCACUAAAGUAAAAAGAUAAUAGCCUUUUUAUUUCAUUAGAUAUUUAACAUAUAAUUCAACAAUAUAAAGAGCUACUUGCAAAAAGGAAAAAAUGAACAUACUAAAUGUCUUUAAUUUCAUCUAUGUAUUUUUAAUAAAAAAGAAAAAAUGUACAUAUAUCCAUUAUUCUGAGUAACAGUGUUCCAUGCACUAUCAAAGCCAACUCAAGUCUAUUUAUGUGUUUUUCCCCCUCUAAUUUUCUCUAAGCGUUACACUUUCUAUUUUUAAGGGAUUUUUAAAUAUAUUAGGUUGUAAGGGAUAUUUCUGUUUACAAAACAAGUAACUCGUGCAAAUUUAUUAAUGAUUUUGUCAAAAUAAAUCUUAAAUGCAAUUUUAUAGACCAAGAAACAAACCUAUAUCUACUCAUUGAUGGUUAAAGAAUUUUUUUGUCUUAAUCUUAUCACAUUAAGCAAAAUGUUUACACAUUUGAACCAUGUACACAUCAUAAUAAACUUACUAGCUAUUUAAUCCUAUUUUACAUUAAAUUCCAAAAAUUAUGCAAUAGUUCGGAUGUUUGCU